AUGAAGCAAGUGUGCAUUCUGCUAGCGGUGCUGCUCUGUACGGCAGCCGUCGCGGACGCCAUGGUGUUUGUCUACGCACCAACGUGUGCGAUAUGUAAAAGCAUCGGAGCGCGUUACUGUGGCUAUGGGUACCUCAGUCGGAAGGGAGUCUCGUGCGACGACCAGACGACCAUCAAUAGCUGUGCGGACUGUACGAAAAAACUGGGCCGCUGUGAGGACGGGUUCAUUACGGAGUGUUUCUUGUGA